CCAUACUCUUCCCUCCCCAUAACCCAACCUUGCCUUUCUUGAUAUAUAAAAUAAUUAUAACUCUUCUUCAAUAUCAAACUCUAAUUGACCAUCAUAUUCCUUGGAACCUAAAAGAAGAAGAGAAAUCCUUGACUUAUAACUAGGCUGAGGGGAUUGAAUUCACCCAACAAAACAUGAGUAUGUGCUGCUACAUAUCAAAGAGUGUUCCAAGGAGGGUCUGGUUGUGGUCCCAAAACAUGGUCACAUGGGCAUGAAUUUCUAUGUUUUCUCCUCUGCUUUCACCUUUUUCACUUCUCAUCUCACAACUCUGUUUAUCAAAAUCUCUUCUUUAACUCACCCCUCUGCAGAUUUUCCAUGGAUUCAAAGGGCUCCAAGCUCCAUGUUCUUGGAGGGUCAAUAGCAAGACGAGUGUUCUUCCGUGCAUUGUUUCUCGCCGCCGCAGUUUCCAUCGUUUCUCUGCUCCGCACUCUCCCCACCAUCGAUUUUGCAUCCUUUGCUCCGACCACCCGCGUUGACUGUGUUGCCAACGGUGGUUCAGACGAUUCAGCUUCCAAAAACGACACUUUAGUACCCGGUUCCUACUUGUUCCAGGCUCGGAUUCUCAAUUCCUUUUGGGGUUCCUUUGAUACCUCCCUGUAUUGCAAGAGAGAUGCAAACUUGACUUCAAAUGUUGUCACUGAGCUCAUGGGUAAGCAACUGUUGAAAUAUGGAGCAGAGAGUCUCUGCAUUGGAGAAGAAUCACAUUCAUCUGUCUCAGAAAUGCAGCAUUUGGGAUUUUCCAGUGUAAGGGGAUUGCAGAAAACCUCUCUUUUCUCCAUCAACAAGAAGAAGAUCGUGUAUGAACUUCACUACAGGGACCAUUUCUUUGAUUUUGUGUUUUCUAAGGAUGUGGACAAGGUUUAUGUCCCUGCUUUGCUUGUGCUUGAGGUUGAGCGUGUCCUUAAGCCGGGUGGAAUUGGUGCUUUGCUUGUUCGUGGUGGUGAAAGUAAUGAUUCUUCUUCUACCAGCCACAUUGAGCUGAUGAAAUCUGCUAAAUCUUCCAGCAUUGUGCAUUUUGGUUAUGUCAAUGAGCAUAGCCUUGUGGUUUUCAAGAAAAGAUCUGAGAUUGAAAGUGGAAAAAACACAAGCUUCUUUUUCUAUCAUCAUGGUCUUCCUGCAGAUUGUGCAAGUGUUACCUUCACCAAGCCUCUAAUUGAGACAAUGGAGCCUCUUGUGGAGGAAAGAGCAACUUCACCUGAGUAUGAUCAAAUCAGCACAUCGUAUUUGCCUAAGUUUAUGGACCUUUCUAAUAGAAAGCGUUUGGUGUAUGUGAAUAUUGGGGUAGAGGAAUCGGUACCAAAUGCAAAUGUCACUGAUUGGUUCCCACCAUCUUAUCCAAUUGAUCAUAAAGCUUUCAAUGUCUAUUUUGUGCAUUACAACACUUCAAUCCUGUUGUCCUAUGUGAAACAGCCUCGUGUCACUUUUGUUUAUCAUCCGGGUUUGGCUGGUAAGGCUGCACUUGCGGGUGCAGGCGUGGCCAAACCCGGUUUGGAUCCUUUUCUGGGUGAGGAAGAGUUUGAUUUCCAUGCGUGGUUCAAGGAGACUGUGCAGAAUGCAGAUUUUGUGGUUCUGAAGAUGAAUGCAGGGGAAGUUGAAAUGAAGUUCCUGUGGGAUGUAUUUGAGAGUGGAGCUAUAUGCUUUGUGGAUGAGUUAUUUCUAAGCUGCUCAGAGAGUGGAGAUGGUGAAAGAAGCAGGGAACGAUGCAUGGACGUUUAUAGGGGUCUUAGAAACAAUGGUGUCUAUGUUCAUCAAUGGUGGGAUACUAAAUUGCAUCAAGGGACUUAUAUGUCAUAGUUAUGGUGAUUGUUGUUUGUAAGAAAUUGUCUCUGUUUUGUGUGUUUGAUGUAUUGAUUUACAGCAAAGUAUCUAGUGUAGUUGUGGUUGGUUCUUGUCAAGGAAGUAGGUUUUUAAUGCUUUGAAUAUCUGUUUGCUAUGUAUAUGGUUACCACUUACCAUUGUCAUUCUGGUAUGCGAGAAGAUCAUUAUGUGCU